AUGGCUGCGGCAGAGGCGAGCGCCUCGGGCGCAGCCGCCGCCGACAGUGCAGCGGCGGCGCCAGCGGCGGCAGCGCCCGCGCAGCCAGCGAGGGCGAGGGCAUCGUCCGCGGCGGGUGGCAGAGGCCAGAGCCGCGCCGAGGGCCACGGGGCGCGUGGCACCAGCGAGGGCGGCGGUGAGAACCGCGCCGAGGGCGAGCCUCAGGCGCAGAUCGCGCUGGUGAACGCCAAGAGGGUGAUCGCCUCGUACCAGGGCGUGGUCGCGCAGCAUCAGUCGAUGAUGAUGAGCGUCAGCCUGGACGAGGACUGGGCGUGGGCGAAGGAGGAUGACAGCGCCCAUCUGAAGGCGCUGACGAGGGCCAAGGAACGCCUCGACAACGAGGUGCAGCAGCACGUGGUGGUCUCGAAGAUCUUGUCGACUAAGAACCUCGCAGAGCUGAAAAAACAGAUCGGUGAGCAGGAGUUCUCGCGUGGCCUGGCGCUGGUGAUGGGCCUCUCGAAGAGCAUCGCGGGCGUCGAGGAUGAGGCUGAGGUUUUGCUGGGCUUCGACAAAGUAAAGCGGGACAACAAGCGCAAGAGUGAUAAGCAUGAACAGUCUGGCCAGUCUGCGAGCAAGCGGGGCAACAACAAGAAGCGCAGGG